AUGGCGUCAGCUGAUAGUUUCCGUGACGGGCUUUAUCACACUGUCGUCAUCAGUUCAGAUUCCGAGAUGGAUGAACACCAGCCCCCGGUGCAAAAGCUGCGAAGAAAGAGACCCCGCACAGACUACAGCUAUCCAAUGGAUGAGGUUCAAUUUGACGACCCAGCACCCUCCGAAAUGUGGCAGCCACUGAAAAGGCAUAAAAUGCCCAACCUGGACACCGUAUUGGAAACCGCGAACAUGGAAAUCCAUAACAUUUUCGAGGCGGAGCAUGCGUGGAGAGAGGUGCUGGAGAAAGAAGUGCAACACCUGCGUGCGGAAAUGGCUAGGAAGAAUGAGCGGGUUGACAAGCUUGAGACCAAAGUCCGUGAGCUGAAGUAUCAAUGUCGAUGCCAAAUCUGUUUUACCAUCCCAUCAGGGUGGCGGACCCUUCUGUGUGGACAUCGGUAUUGCCCGGAAUGUGUUCCCCCCAUUGGUGAAACCUGCGCCACCUGUCGCCAGGUUAUCGCUGGUGUUAUCAAGAGCUACUAG